CCACACAAAGUACCUCAUCUAAACUCCAAAGCCUUAGAUGAAUGGCUCGAAAAAUCUCAUACGAGCCCCAGUCCUAACCACAUAAAAUGAUACACAACACCGAAGAAGACAAAGGGCAAUUCUUUUGGGAUAUUGACUUUCACUAGGAUUUGGCCUAAUGUGUAGUUAAAUGGUGGUUCGAUUGCCCCAUAAAACCCACGUUGGUCUGUAAUUCUAGCUGUUAAUACUGAGUUUUUAUCUUCAGUUUUCCCCCAAAUCCAAAAACUGGCUAGCCCACUUGUUUUCAUUUUGUCAUUGGACAUUGUAGAUAUCCUACAAAAUCAGGUGUAAAAGCGCCUUUCACUUGUUAAUUCCCUUAACUUUAGUGGGUCUGUUAAACUAAACCUGUUUUGGCAUUUGGGUUCUCUGUCCUUUUAGGUCUCCUUACUUGGGUUUUCUAGAAAUCUGAAAAUUAAACUCUGUCUGCGAUUGGGUCUUUUGGGUCAUCUGUAGUACUAGUUAGCAUUUCUCUUUUGGGGACCUCAAUGGCUAUGGUAAUAGAGGCAGGGGCUCUAUCAUUAUCCUCCAGGGCUUCUAACGCAGUAGCCUAUGCAUCAGUCUUGCGUGGAAGGGUCUUCAGGGGGAACACGAGGUUGGGCAUGCCCACAUGUAGGGGAUUGAGGAUUGGAGGUCUUGAGAAGCGUCUAUCGGUUGCAUUUAAUGGGAAGAAGUUACGUGCCUCCAGGGGCAUUGUCUGUGAGGCACAAGAGACUGUUGCUACAGUUCAGGAAGUCAGUGACUCCACAUGGAAAACACUUGUCCUAGAGAGUGAUGUUCCUGUGCUUGUUGACUUUUGGGCACCAUGGUGUGGACCAUGUCGAAUGAUAGAACCCCUAAUAGAUGAACUUGCAAAGCAGUAUGCUGGCAAGAUCAGAUGCUUCAAACUUAACACAGAUGAGAGCCCACGUAUUGCAACUGAAUAUGGUAUCCGGAGCAUUCCAACUGUAAUGCUAUUUAAAGGUGGAGAGAAGAAAGAUACUGUUAUUGGGGCUGUGCCAAAAACUACCUUAACUGCAAGCAUUGAAAAGUAUGUAGAGUGGUAGAUCCUAGAGUUUAUGAAUGUAAUUUUGAAGAUAUUUUUUAUAUGAACACGCCCCAUGUCAAAUUGACUUUCUUUGCACUGAAAUUAUCAAACUUGGAUGUAGUUUUGCAAAGGAUUUCUGAGGGGAUUGGUUGUUUUUUAUGUAUAUACUUUAGAUUGAGUUUGUACUUUCUUUUGAUAUGGAAUUAAUUUACAAUGUAGAGGUAUAUAUACCUGGGUUCA